AUGGAAAUUCCACCGGACUCGGACUGGCGGACAGCAAGUGGCUCCUCCAUGAUCUCCAUAGGAACACACCGACUCUUUGUAUCGGUCAGUGGCCCUCCGCUCAACACUUCAGAUCCGCUCAUCGUCAUUCUCGCCGGCGCUGGCGAUGUCGCAUCAUCCUACAUAGCCCUCACACAAGUCGUUGCCACAAAGGCCCGGAUCCUGAUCUACGACCGCUCUGGGCUCGGCCGCAGUGAGACAGGUCCGCCAAGUUUAUCAUGCUCGCCAGCCGUGACUGCCGCGGGCGAUCUACACAGCCUCCUUCAGUCUAUGAAGCUCUCUCCUCCCCUAAUCCUAGUAGCCCAUUCGUAUGGGGCAAUUGUUGCCCGCGAAUACCUCCAUCUGCACGCUGACGCCGUCGCCGGCAUGGUCCUAGCGGACGGCUCGACGGAGCGUCAGAGCGACUAUUUCCAGAUCCCAGAUCCCAACCUCGUCGCUGUGCUAGGCGAUCUGCGCUUUGCCCAGGUAACAGGACUGCGGGCGCAGGCAAAGCUCUCGCGAGACGAGUGGCGAACGCGGGCAAUUGAUAUUGCGCGCGGAGCAGCUGCCGCAGCGGCCGAGGCGAAUGCGCUCGUGGUCGUAUGCGAUACGUUGCGCUCCAAGCGGCAGCUAGAGCGCAGGGCUCUGGGGGUGAAACCGCUUAGCGUGAUCCGGUGUAAUAGCCCGGGCGACUAUGAGCGGAUUUACAGCCGAGGCGUCGAGGUGGGGAAUGGGUCUGACCUACAGCGGAAGGCGUUGAGGGAGCUUUUGGAUCGGUGGCCUACGAUUGAUCGGGAUCUUCAGGAAAGCCAGCUGGGGCUGUCGAUGACAACGCAUCUGGUGCAUGUACCAGACUGCGGGCAUAAUGUGCACUUGAUCCGUCCGGACGUGGUGGCAAGGGAGAUCGGGUGGGUUUUGGAACAUCUGCAGCCGCUAGAACAGAAGUUGUAG